AUGACGACUCCGAACGAUGAAAGGCCAGAGCCGACCUAUAUCCAACCUUCGUACCAAAUGAGCAAUCCUGGCGAUGCUCCUGGACGGCCCAGUCACGAGCGACCGUCGCUACCUUCAUACAACGUCAACAAUUCGCAUCGGAAUAAUAGUUCGGACGAGGGAACUGUAGUGGGGGACGCCGAACAAGACAUCCACCACCAACAACGUCGCUCUGGGGACUAUCGUGAGAAUCUGCCGCCGAAUCGACCUCGAGCUGGAAGCCACCUUACUGUGGAAACACAAUACGAGCCUGGCGAUCCAUUACGAAGCAUUACGUCCGCGUCCCAAACCCGUGAGCAGGCUCACAGACUCGACGACGAUCUAGAGCUCCUGAAAGUGGAGCGACAGAUCUCGAGGAUCGAAGAAGAGGAGGCCGCAUUGGGUAAGACCGAUACAAACGAGAGUCAGACAUACCGAUCCAAGUCGCGGAAACGCGACGACCAUGUCGACGAGUUUGAUGUCGCUACCAAUCCGGUCCACGAGAAGACUCAGGUCUAUAAACCAGUCGAGAACCCUGCCACGGGAUUUGCCAAGUUCCUGAAGAAGAUCCAUCAGUCGAAUUUUCUGGUCCGGUGGCUCACUUAUAUUGCGCCUGUCACUCUGAUUAUCCUGAUUCCGCUACUUCUUGGCGUACUGAAAUGGAAGAAUGCUGUUGUCGGAGGUGUAUACUUAUUAUGGUUUUCUGUGUGGCUGGAGAUUGUAUGGCUAAGCUUGUGGGCCGGUCGUCUUCUCGCCAAAAGUCUACCACUUCCCAUUGGCCUCGUUGCUAGUUUCUUCACGAACAAUGCCAAGAAGUGGCGAGAUAUGGGCAAGCAGCUGGAACUACCUGCGACAAUCUUCUUCUGGUGGUUGGCCAUCGAAGUAUCUUUCCUGCCCACAAUGACUUACCACCAACGGGACCACCCGCACUCAUACACCGCUCCCUGGAUGGGCACGAUGAACAAAGUGCUCGUAUCGUUCUUCGUUGGCGCAAUCCUUAACUUUGUGGAGAAGAUCAUCAUUCAAUUGAUUGCCAUCAGCUUCCAUUUGCGCACGUACGCGGACCGGAUCGAAAUCAACAAAUUCCAGAUCGGCUCGCUCACAAAGUUAUACACGUUUUCCAAGGCCAAGAUCGCAAUGGAGGAUUCCGAGUUUGAGCAACGUACUGGAGAGCCAGCGUCUGGUGCCAGGACCCCAGGCCAAAUGCUGACCGAAGCUGCCAAGACAGGCAAGCAGGCGCUGUCGAAGUUCGGAGACGUGGCUGGGAAAGUAGCAGGCGACUUCACUGGGAAGAAGGUCAUCAAGAGUACACACCCUCAGCAAGUCGUGUUGGCUCUCUUGAGCUCGACCACUGGAGCACAAGUUCUCGCUCGCCGUCUCUACCGGACUUUCGCCAGAGAGGAGACCGAGACAGUUGUCGCCGACGAUCUACGACCGGCGUUCGAGAACGACGACGAGGCCAAUGCCGCUUUCACGAUGUUUGACAAGGACAUGAACGGUGACAUCUCAAUGGAGGAGCUAGAGGCUGUUUGCGUGGAGAUCGGCCGUGAGCGCAAGUCAAUCACCGCGUCGCUGAAGGACUUGGACUCUGUCGUUGGCCGACUGGACGACGUUUUCAUGUUCGUUGUGGUCGUCGUUGUGAUCCUUGUCUUCAUCUCACUCAUCUCGACUUCUGCGGCUGGCGUCCUCACUUCGGCUGGCUCCACGGUCCUGGCCCUGUCUUGGCUCUUCAGCGCCACCGCCCAGGAGUUCCUUCAGUCGGUCAUUUUCGUGUUCGUCAAACACCCGUUUGAUGUCGGCGAUCGUGUGGGUAUCUACGGCAACACUGGUUCCCAACUCAAAGGCGAUGACUACUUCGUCAAGGAGAUAAGCUUGCUUUACACUGAAUUCAAGAAGAUGGAAGGACACAUUGUUCAGGCUCCCAACAGCUAUCUGAACACCCUCUUCAUCUUGAACCAAAGACGAUCUGGUGGUCUCGCCGAGGCUGUUAGCAUCACAAUCAAGUUCGGAACCACGCUCGAGCAGAUCGAUGGCCUGAGAACGAAGCUCCUCGAGUUCGUCAAGAUGGAGAACCGCGAAUACCAGGGCAACAUUCUCACGGAACUACGAGACAUCGUCGACGUUCACUCGAUGAACUUGAACGUGGUCUUCUUCUACAAAUCUAACUGGCAAAACGAAGGUCUUCGUCUGGCCCGCCGAAACAAGUUCAUUUGCGCGAUGAUGGUCACCAUGCAGGAACUUGGCAUCGAAGGACCAUACAUGCGUCUGCCUGGCAUGCGCGAGACAUUCCCUAUGUACCUCUCGCAGGUGCCACACGUUGGUAUGGCUGGCGCUGGCCACGGAGGUACGCCUGACCAUCCGAUGGGCUACGGACCAGAUAACGCCCCAGAAGAUCCUCCUUUCGUCGCACCUGAAGAUGGUCUCGCCCCUCCUCCAUCCAGGAUGCGCAGCGGCUCCAUUCUUAAGGGCGGUCGAGCUCGCGGCGAGUCCAUGUCCCAGAUGACGAAGCGCGUCGACUUCAGCUUAGGCAUGAAGGCCAUGGCAGCAGGAGACAUGUCUGGUGAUGUGUACGAGGACCGCAAUCCAGCCCGAGCUCAAAUGGAUAUUAUCGAAGCCUCGCGCGAGCGGUCGCGCUCUCGAGACGAGAGAGAGAGGAGCAGCGCAGACGCAGGUCGCUCCACCGCUAGGGACAACCAUUUUGCACCAGGAAACCUCGCCAGGCGAUCAACAGAUAGCCGCUGGCGGAGCUCGCAGUCACUUCACCGCAACCGCUUCCUCGGUCGAAGCCACCAAGGCGAGGGCGAUGAGCGGCUGAUGGAGAACGGCAUGGCGGAUAUCCCUGAGGAAAACGCUCGCAACGGCAUGAACUCGGGCAACCGCGUCGAUCCACGAUCUGGCGUGAUCAGCCCACAAGCCGCCAGACUCAACGCCGACGAAAGCAACCUCCGACCAGCUGGCCCACCACAACUUCCUUCUCAGGUCAGCGGUAGUGGUGCUCUCGGCAAUAUCACGAACAUCCCGGCUGGCCAUCGACCUAUUACACGGAGCCAGACCGAGGAUUAUGAGAUGAGAAGGUUUCAUUGA